AUGGCGCCACAAACCGUCGAACCCUCGCUGCAAUUCCAUCAACGUUUAUUAACGAUCGGUCUAAUAACCGGUGUCUUAGGAGUCAAUCAAGGGCGUCUAGCAGUCGAGAAUUCAUUGGCAGCAAUUUUAGAGGACAAAAACCUAGAGCUAGAUCAAAUAAGUAUUGGCAAAUUAUUAGCUUGGGGUUUGCUUAAAAUGUCGCGGCAUGCUUGCAAAUGGAAAGAUCAAUUGAUCGACAAAUCACAAUUAUCAUCCAUUGCAGCCUUGAAACUUGAACACUUAUCCUUUUAUCUUGCCCUCAUUACUUAA